GCGCCGCAGUCCCACGAGAAAUACAAGCACCUGAAUGCCACUCCCAAACAACACAAAAAGUAUCCUGUAGACGUAUAAAAGAAGUGGAGGGACAAAUACCCGCUCAUUCACUUCCCAAGUCAUCAUGAUUGUGCGGGUGCUGUUGGGCUGCCUCUGCGCAUGCUCUGCCCUCGCAGCUGCUGCUCCACAAUCAGAGUACAGAGUUCUGAGUGUGAAAACACAGGAAGUGAAAACAGAAACCCCAAGUGAAGCUGAUAUAAUUUCCGACACUAUUAUGAGCAAUUUGCCGUCGUUUUUGCGGUUGUUUUAUAAAAUACGACAUGGCAUUGUUAGUGACGAUGGCUCCUUCGAUUUCAACCAAACCAAAUCUUUAAUCAUGGACGUUGUGAAUAUUGUCAGCACAAUAGUAAACGCCUUGCAAGACAAUGACACUAACCAACAUUCUCCAAGAGAUUUACGGACAGUUGAGGAGAUUAUUUCAUUCUUUCUUCACUUGUUGCAAGCAACAAAUUCUCAAAAACAAGGCAACACCAAUAAAACCUUUAUUAAAGAUUCCACUUCAAUAAUCACUGAACCUGUGGCCACAGCAGACAGGUCUUCAGCCUCGCUGCAGGCGUCCUCACCCCUAGUGGACGUCCUUCAGGAUUCACAAGAUUCACCCGUACCCCCAACCAGUGUGCGCCAGUCAGCCGUGGCUCCACAGCAGGCAUCCCCAGCACCAGCCUCUCGACCAGGCGCAAAGGAGGUACAGUCCCAGAUGGAAGCAGACUUGGCAACAACCACAAAGCUGUCACAGAUUUCGGCUUCGUCCGCCCAUCCCGAGGCACCAAACAACAGGCAUUUUUUUCUGAAGGACGAAUAUGAGCAUCUCACUCAGAUUUCUCGGCACCGUGCAAACUACCCAGGGUAUUCCGUAAGGCUCCAGAUAUAAACCUGUGCGAGGGUACAUGUCAACAACCAACCACCUGGUGUUCCUUGUACUCCGUCCCCUUCAGUCGCCUUUUAAGACGCGUAGAGGACACGGUGGCAUUAUUCUUCCAACUACAGCCAUAGUGUGUGUGUGCUCCACAGGCUAAUUUAUGAUUAACUAUAUCGACCUCGGCCACCUGUUCACUCCUGUACUGUUGGCUGCCCUGCAUUCAUCUACAUGAUUCUCAAAUGGUCUCAACACGAAUUAGUGACUCGAGACGUAUAUUUUUUUUUUUAUGUAGCUCUAUAAUUUCUGACGGCUGCUAAAAAUAAUACUGUGUUGAUCAUUGCCUCAAAACCCAGUUACUCUAUCAGUUUUCUAGACAUGACUUUCAAGGGAUUUAUCUCCUCAAGAAAUAUCUCUUAACUAAUUGAUUACCUAUUACAUCUUUUACCUUUCUGUUCUCUUGCCAAACAUAUUAACCGACAUUCUACAAUACUCAUUCUUAAAUGGAGUACUCCUGAUAAGAUAAGCGAAAGUACAAAAGACAAAUUACAAAAUUUCUUGAAGACAACGAAGACAGGAUAACGUAAUACUUCAUUUUAUAUAUAUAUAUAUAUAUAUAUAUAUAUAUAUAUAUAUAUAUAUAUAUAUAUAUAUAUAUAUAUAUAUAUAUAUAUAUAUAUAUAUAUAUAUAUAUAUAUAUCACACACACCCACACCAGAGUAACCCAAAUGCCCUGAAGGUGGUCUGACCAUAUACACAACUACCAGUAGACCUGCAUCCUUUCUACCCUGUGUCUGUCAUUCUCGUCUCUCUCUCUCUCUCUCUCUCUCUCUCUCUCUCUCUCUCUCUCUCUCUCUCUCUCUCUCUCUCUCUCUCAAACGUUCAGGCCAACUUUUACAAUCACACACGCACACACACACACACACACACACACACACACACACACACACACACACAUCACGCGAAGCGCAGGUGGAGAGGUCAUUACUCUCUUGGGUCUACGGAUUAACUUCUGGAGAGCGAGAGAGAGAGAGAGAGAGAGAGAGAGAGAGAGAGAGAGAGAGAGAGAGAGAGAGAGAGAGAGAGAGAGAGAGAGAGAGAGAGAGAGAGAGAGAGAGAGAGAGAGAGAGAGAGAGAGAGAGGGGGAGGGAGGGGGGGUGACGAAGGAAGUAUAUGGAGCAUGGGGGGUCGGGGAUAAAUGUGGAGUGGGAGAGGAAGAAGGCAGGUAUAGCAUGCACGUCAAAGGCAGCUCUAGCCAAUGAAAGCUGCCAUGAAAAAAAAAAAAAAGACAAGUCGCUUUUGUUAGAAAUAGGAAAGCUGCUUCAUCAAGUAGGGAGCCGUCUUUACAGUGAAUACCUCAGUCAUUACCUGAUUAUCAUUUCCCAUUAAAGUGAAUCUCCGUCUUCACAAGAACCUGUAUGAUCGCACGGUUCAGUAUGGCGUGGAUGUUCUUUCCACACACUUAUUGCGACCAAACCACUUGUGGACUUUCUCGAGUUUUCGAAGAGGAGUAGCCUAUAGCGGUGAAUGGUUGGGGUGCUGUGAAUUUAGUAACCCGUUACUUAGCUGACCAGCUGACCGAUUAGACGGCAUUACUUGAAGUUGUCUUACCGGUUACAAGUUUUCACUCGAGAUACUGACUUAACACAUUGAACUAUUUAUUUAUUUAUUUUUUUUACUAGUGAAAGGUGUGAAAGUCGACAGCAAGAAACUGAAAGUAUUGGAUUAUUUUAUGUGUUGCAUGUAAGAGCCGAAUGUUAAUAAAUUUCAGGAAUUUUCCUAACCAGUAGAUGCUUCUGUAAUCAUAAUAAUCUUACUAUGUGGCCUUUUUAGUGAAGUGAUCAAUAAAUUAUUCUGGUGUGUAGUUUAUUGGUAAUUCCAAUUUUCUGUCUACAAAGUGCAACCUAUAAUGAAAACACUUUUUAUUUUUUAUUUAUUUAUUUUUAUUUAUUUAUUUAUUUUUUUUAUAUUUAACAGACUAUCAUUAUUUCCCUCUCGACAUGUACACGUGGCCAUUACCUGGUAUUGUAAAGAAAAGCAUACCUAAUCUUUCUUUGGUCCUGUCUUCGUGUUGGGAAAGUGACGUCGAGAUGCCUUCCUUGAAUUGGAACGGUGUGGUUGAGGUGGAUGCACGGUUCUCAUUAGUGCGUUCUUUUACGUUGCCAGAUGUUGUACGUUCUAUGGAUGAUAAUUCUGAAACUUCAUCUUCUGCAUCGUCAGUUGGAGGUCUAAAGAACAGAUUGUAGCGAUGAGAAGUAAAUCGUUGGUGUUUGUCUUUCAGCCUCGCAUCAGGUUGUGUUUUCUCAGAUCUGUCUGUUGUUCUUGUUUCCAGAAUCUCUGAACCCUCCUCUUCUAUUGAUGCAGCAGCUUUCAAGGGAGGUAGUUUAUCCUGUUCAUGUUCACUGUAGACUGAAGAGUUAUCAUGUAGGCUUUUUGACGAUGGAAUGUUGUACUCGAUCUGGAUUGGCUUAGGACUAACACCUGAAAUACUGAAGUCAGUCUCGAGGAACGACUCUGAGAGGGGCGUGUGAUCUGGAAGGGGGCGUGUGGUCUGGGAGGGGCGUGUGGUCUGGGAGGGACGUGCGAUUUAAGAGGGGGGUGUGGCCUGGGAGGGACGUGUGAUCUGGGAGGAGCGUGUGGUCUGGGAGAGGAGUGUGGCUAUCAAGCAAGUCAGUGUAGUCCGGUAUUGUUUCUAGCACAGGAGGUGUACUCUGUCUAGGAUUCUUUAAUUUAUCUUUCCUUUUUUGUACGAAAGUGAGCAACACAUUGCUGAAAAACUCCAUUUCAUUCAGCAAAUCUUUUUCCCUCUGGUCGAUUCCAUCAUUUCUGACUUGCGUCUUUAUGACUGCUUCCAUGAGAGGCAUUAGGAACCGUAUCAUCACUUCCAAAUUUAGCAGUUGUGUUUCAUUCAUCUCUUCUAUUAAACUUUCGAAAAGUGGUUUGAUUUCAGGCAGCGCCAGAAGCAGUACGUCGACAAUCUGCCUCAGAUCAAUUACACGUCUAAGAUUUCCACUGCUAUCUUGGAACGAUGGAGUUCCCAGGGGUGCUGCCGCUCCUCCCUGCACGUGAGCCAUCACCACCGCCGCCACCACGCACGAAAUUGUCACCUG